GAUUUCUUCUUGUAAACACAUCUCAACUACCUCAAACCAUUCAUAAUGUUCAAGAUCCUUGCUCUCAUUGCCUGUCUGGCUAUCGUCGCUUCGGCCCAGUACCAUGGAGUGCCCGAGCACAAGGAUUACCACGAUCAUCCGAAGUACAAGUUCGAGUAUGGCGUGAAGGAUCCCCACACCGGUGACCACAAGUCCCAGUGGGAAGUGCGCGAUGGCGAUGUCGUCAAGGGACAGUACACGCUGCACGAGGCCGACGGUACCGAGCGCGUGGUUGACUACAAGUCGGACGGUCACAACGGAUUCGAGGCUGAUGUCAAGAAGGUCGGACAUGCCCACCACCCGAGCCAUCCGGUCCAUCCUCCAGUCCAUCAUGCCCCAACUCACGCCCCAGUGCAUGUGCCGGAACAUCAUGUCCACCACGGAUACUCGGGCGCCAGCUACGUCAACGUCGAUAAGCACUACUAAUAGAAUAUGAAUUUUACCUUCAGCAUGAUGCUUAAUAUGAUUGCGAUUCAAUAAAGAAUGCAGCA